AAUCAAUUCGGACCAGACACACGUAACAAAACCGUUUCUUCCCUAUCUCGCUUCAUACACUAGAUUUCAUCUCCUACAAUUUUAUAGUAUAGGUUUUAUUUCUUGGUCAAGAUCAAAACUAACUUAGAGUGUAUUGAAUUUUGUUUCCAGAAACCUAUCAUUAGUUCUUCUGAGAAUCAAACAACAAACCCUAGGGUAUUUUUCUCGAUGGAAUUACCACAAGAAUCUGAUGAUUACAUCAAAGAAUCGAUUGAUGACGCUUUGGGACUCCCAGUAUCUGCAGAUACAUUGCAACUCAAACUCCUCGCCUCCGAAGAUGCUCGCCUUCGCCUUCGCAAUCAGUACUUGUGUCUCCAUUCCAAACUCAAAGAAAAGGACAACGUUAUCGACAGCUCUAGGGCGGAGGCAAGCAUGAAUGCCGUAGCGCUGAAGAAAUUUGUCGAAGAGAACCAGAAAUUGGCCAUGGAGUGUUCGAAUCUGUUGGCGCAAUGCAAUAAGUGGGAGAGGGAGUGCUCGCUUUAUGAUCACGAUCGUGAGGCUUUGAUGGAUUUUGCAAAUGAGGCAGAUGAGAGGGCCAAGGAAGCAGAGAUUCGGGUCCACGAAUUGGAGGAGCAGAAUAAGAAGUUGUCUGAGGAUUUGCAUCUCUACAAGUGUCAAUGCGAUACACAGAUGAUUGAUGCAUGUGCUGACACAUCUAUGGAACAAACUUUACUUGAUUCAUUGUUGGCAACGAUGUUUGGCAAGGAUGAGAUCGAAUCAACUGCACAUGAGUUUUUAGAGGCCUAUGGUGGAAUUGAAGUUUGCCAAAAGAUUCUGAAAAUGUGGUACAGCUUAAGGCCAUCUACUCAGAAUGUUGUGGCAUUGGUAGCUGAGGCGAAGAAUUUGGAGAAAGACAAGGAUCAUUUGACGAUUAACCUGCAUAGAGCUGAAGAGGAGGUGAAACUUCUGUUUCGAGAAAACAGCAUAUUAGACAAGGAAAAUAAAAGGUUAAUAAGGCGAUGCUACAGAGAACAGACUGCUGCUGCUGCUGCUUCUGGGGGAAAAUACUCGAGCAGUGGUUCUGUGAAGGGGAAUAAACGAAAAUCUAGCCCUAAGUCGAGCAGUCCACAGGAUAAGAAAAUUGAUCUCAGUGACAUAUAUUCACUUAGGCAGCCUCUCUCGCCAUUGCAUCCAAACUCGCCAGAAUCUAAAAUGCACAAAAAGUAGCGAACAAUAAUUUUCGAGUGGAUGUUAUGCCCGUCUGAAAUUUUUUACGACCCCUUAAUCAAGUUGGUGUAAUGAGAUUUACACAUUUACAGUACGUGUCAAUGGGGAAAUUAUUGAUUCGAUGUCUUUGAAAAGCAUUGAGGAUUUCGUCUUUUAUUAGUAAGAAGGGAUGGCCUCCUAAAUUUUGAAAUCUCAAAACCCGGACUUUUUUGUCUACGAGGCAUAAAGUUUUGGGUUGUGCUGCCUGAACAGGGGCCGAGAAAAAAUCCUAAAGUUUUAUGCCUACUACGUUCUGAUCUGUGUUGGCGUGUUCGUUAAGAGCAGAGGGAUUGAGCUUUUCUGAAUAUUAGCCAUGAAGAAUAAUUUUGAUGGUUGUAUUUACAAUUCAUGUCGGGAAUAAGGCUUAAUGCGUAAAAUUACAUUCUUGAAUUUUCGACUUUUA